AUGGCAUUUCAGCGCAGCAUCUUUGAUCUCCUCCAGGCCUCCAUAGAAAAAAUAACUCAUUGCACGGCCUUCGAAGAGCUCUGUUUCAUGGACGAUAACUCGGCAGUGGAUACGGUGGGUAACCGGGUUGAGGUGGAGGAGGUGCAGCUCGAACAGUCAUUCAGUUCGGCGAUCGAACAGAACUUGAAAACACUGAACGCCGUAUCCAAGUUAGAUGAAGUCACUCAAUGGAAGUCACUGAUGACUCUGGGAGUAACUGGCGCUGCUACGGAUGGCGUGGAAGAAGUAGCCCUUAAUAAAGCAGCUUUGAGUGAAAGUUGUACCAUAACAUCGUGUCACAGCGGCGUAGAGGAUCUUGCCAGUGGAGACUCCAUGUUGCAGUUGUGCUUGUCAUUCCAGUCGUCAUUCUUGGUCAUACAGGUGCACCCUGAAAUAAAGACCCUGUUUGGGUAUGACACAAGGACAAAAUGGAUGAUCCUAGUGGCCUGGCUGGUCCAAAUGUCCUCACUGUGGAUUGUGAAGGACCUCACUGGCCUACCUUUAUUUCUUAUGGCAUAUUGUUUCAAUGGUGUCAUAAACCAUUCUUUUACACUAGCCAUUCAUGAGAUAUCUCACAACCUGGCUUUUGGUGCAAGCAGACCUUGGGCCAACAACAUGCUGGGGAUCUUUGUGAACCUUCCCCUAGGAGUUCCUGUUUUUGGAUCUUUUAAAAAGUAUCACAGAGAGCAUCACAAGUAUCUUAGUGUAGAUGGAGUGGACACUGAUUUGCCAACAGCUUUGGAAGGAUGGCUCUUCAACAGAACUUGGACAAAGAUCCUAUGGCUCUUCCUGCAACCCUUAUUUUAUGCCUUCAGACCAAUGGCAGUGUACCCAAGAAGUUUCACUGCUGUGGAGGCUGUUAAUGUACUGUGCACUGUGGCAUUUGAUGCCUUGGUUGUACAAAUAUUUGGGUGGAAGUGUUUAUUUUUCCUGAUUGGAUCUUCAUUGCUGACCAUGGGACUGCAUCCAAUGGGUGCUCACUUCAUCUCUGAGCAUUACAUGUUCAAUAAAGGUUUUGAGACCUAUUCCUACUAUGGACCCUUCAACUACAUCAUGUGGAAUGUUGGGUAUCACAAUGAACACCAUGACUUCCCAAAUAUUCCAUUCACCAGAUUGCCAGAGGUAAAAUUUCAAUGUCCAGCUCUUCUCUUUUUGGUUCAAACUUAUUUGGAAUUUUUACAGUUGAGGAAAAUGGCUCCAGAGUUCUAUGAGAACCUACCAACACAUGAUUCAAUGGGUCGCAUUCUUUUUGACUGGAUAUUUGACCCAAAUAUUGGACCUUACACUAGGCUCAAGAGGAAGCAACUUGGCUUUGUCAACUGGUCUACUGAUCCUAAGCUC